CCCAGGAUCACCCAGCAGACUUCAAGCCUGGGAGGGGGUGGAUUUAAACCAAGAUUUCCCUGGUCACAGUCCAACUACGACACCUCAGUGACACCUAUAGAAUAUGGCAAGACUUUCCUUUUGAAAAGUACUCUGAGCAUGUAUGGAGCGCGCUCCAAAGCAACCACAAGCAGUAGGGCUCGGGGUCAGAUCCUCCACCCCCCAUGCUCCUGGUGCUUUCCUUUCGGAAAGAAAAGAAGCAGCUAUAUUAUAGCUAUAGGCGCGGGAAGCAGCAGCAGCAGCAGCAGGCGGCGACGGUACUUUAGUAGACCUCGCCGCCCCUCCCAGCCUGCUCCACUACUACAGCCACCAUCCCGGGAAGGAGCGGCGCUGAAGGAGAACGAGGGCGCAGGCGAAGCCGACGAGCCCUUCUUCUCCCGCUUCCAGCGCCCCGCUUUGCCCGAGGAGACCGAGCGCUUUCCGCUGCCGUUUGUCUCCCGUCUCUUCCCGUUUGGCGCCGCGACAGCCCGCAUCUCUCAUAAUCCCCCCGGCGGAGACUCGACAAAGCACCGCCGAGCCAACCAGGCCUCUCUGACGCCCUCCUUGCUCUCCCUCAGAGGGCGCCUCCGCAGCGGCCCGGCGCCAAGAGGGGCAGAGGCAGAUAUACAGUUCAAAGAACCAGAGUUAAGAUGAAUAACCAAGUUCAGGGUGACAUGCUUCGUUGCUGGAAGUGUCGAAAAUACGUAGCUAAUUCUGAUUGCCUCAUAAAUGACCAAACUGCAAAUUUGGUCUUUGAAGAACCUCACGCUUCUACUGCCUCUCAGGAUAUGUGUAAUGUAUGGCACAUGAACAUAGAAGCACUUCCAGAUUGGGUGACUCAUAUAAUAGAAAACGCACAGUGGACAACUGGAAAGCUGAACUGCCCAUUCUGUGGGGCCCGUCUGGGGGGUUUUAAUUUCGUCAAUAAUACAAAAUGCUCCUGUGGCCAAUUUACAAACAUCCAUCUUUGCAAGAGGCGAACUGACUACCAAACAGUUAGUUCAGUUACAUCAGCAAUAUCGCCACUGAAGCACUUGUCUCUUUGUAAAGUUCAUUCCGACUUUAACAACGAAAUAUGGCAGAGUGUGACAGGUGGAUCUUUGGAAGACAGAAAUCAAAGACUUCCAUGUGUAGCCAAAAAUAACAAUGACAUUGGACGGUUAAUGGAGGCACUUUGCCUAGAGGUAAGAUCAACCAACUUUGAGAUGAACAGUAAAAAAAUACACUUCAAAGUGUCUAAUCCAAAAACAAGUAUUUCAGCUUCACUGGCUGUGAAUGACAAAUACACUGUAAAAGCUUUUCAUAGAAAAUCACAGAGUUUAGACAUGAACUUCAGAGAGAAGCUUGUUUUGCUGCCUACUUUAUAUGGAACUUCCACAACUAAGAGACCUGUUUUCUCCAGGCAACAUGAAGCACAGCCUUUUUACACAAAGGGUUGCUUACAAUUAAAGUCCAGCAGAACACAUAAUUUUUUUCAUUUCCCACUUAAAUCAGAUGCUGGUGAGCUUCCAAACAGUUUUUCAGUUACUUCUUAUGGUGCAUUUGCACAAGAAGAGACAGAGUUUAAUCAUGGUUUAAAAGCUUCCAAACAGUAUCUUGAGAGCACUACUGCUGACCAGCAGCUGUUCCUGUCUUCAUCAGAGAGCACUACAGAAGAAGAUACUGCGCAGAAACACAUCACACCUUUUGGUCUUCUUCAGCCUUUCACAACUAUUGAUCAAAAGUUGAGCAAGAGAAAAAGGAACCGAUUGAACAGUUUGAGGAGAAAGAAGAGGUGGCCAGAGAGGUGGCCUCAGAAGCAGGCUAUGAAUACAGAAGAGGAGCACGAACACUGGCAAGAUAAGGAAAGCUACCUCUGUGCAGUGUGCCUGGAUGUUUAUUUUAAUCCUUACAUGUGCUAUCCCUGCCACCACAUCUUCUGUGAACCUUGCCUACGCACACUCGCCAAAGAUAAUCCAACCAGCACUCUGUGUCCUUUGUGCCGCACGGCAAUUGCCCAAGUUUUUUUCCAAUCAGAACUGAACAGUUCAACAAAGACUCACUUUCCUAUUGAAUAUUCAAAAUUAAAGGAAAAUUUUCAAGAAUCCGGUUUAGCAAAAUGGCCCCUCCCUAGUUGCAGGAAGGCAUUCAGAGUUAUUGAAGGUUUUCAAAACACAGAUUCCUUUACCCGAAGGCAUUUCCCACAUGCUGCUCACAGGAUGGACUAUAUGGACUUUGAGGAUGAUAGCAGAGGAUUGCGAUUUGACAUGGACAUGGUGAUAAUCUACAUUUAUUCCAUCAAUUGGGUUAUAGGAUUCAUUGUGUUCUGCUUUCUCUGCUAUUUUUUCUUUCCCUUUUAAGGACUUCGAUUUCCCAUUGUUUCGUUCAGCCAUCAGGCAUGGGAACAGACAUACCCUGAUGUAAAGAGCAUGUAGAAGACUUGGAUUUACUGUUUUAAAAAUUGAAAUGGUUAAAAUAUCAAGAGUAACUCGGUGUCCAUUUUCCAAUCAUUAGGUUUUUCUGCUGCAUUUUGAACUUUGAAUUGUGAAGAAGUAUUUAUAUAUAGUGUGUACUUUUACUAGUUCCUUCUAAAAUGGACACACAGUUUUCUGAUCAAAUACUUUCUUUUUGGUUCUGUAUUGCCAACAUUUAAGCACAUUAGAGCAGAUUCAGAUGUGCAUAUUCACUGAAAAGUGGCUUCAGCUACAAGCAACAAUUGGCAUGUUUGAAACAGUCUUCAUAGUUCACAUCCUACAGAUAGACCCUCCAUAUCACCUAAGAUAUAAUGAUUUCUGUGGAGGAGUUCACACCUUAAGCAGUUAGGCUCCCUUGUGAUGUUUGGAGUUCUCCAUGUGAUAUAUUUGCUUAUUUGCAGUGUGUAUCAAAUGCACUGUAUAUCACAUGUUUUAAGACUCUAGAUUUUCUUCUCAGUAUUCAUCCUGAAUAUAUUAAGCUCACAUAGGAUAUGGUUCAAGAGCAGUUUUUGUGGUGACCAAUGUAGCCAAACCUGCAAAGACAAUCUAGCUCUCUUUUGCCUAUGUUUGUCAAAGUAUUGACGUGGAGGAAACUAACCUUUAGUCUCCUGAAGCAGAGUAGUCACAUUUAUAAUGGGACAAUGAGUGGAAACACAAAUCAAAGGCCACAUUAGUACUGCCUGUGUUUAAUGGAAGCCGUUUCCACAAUGCAAUUAAAAGACACCCCAAAAAGUCAUAUCGGAUUGCUACUGUAGGAAAAUGCUACACCUCAUGUUUACUCUAGAUAACACCAUAUGUGGCAACAACAUUACACCUCACUUCCCACUGCCAGUGGGAACAUUUUAGGGAAAGGAAUGUUCAGACUUGGUCAAUGUCAUCAAGUAACAAAUAAUCAAGUGAUGGUGCAAGAUAUCAGGUGACGAAUAUGAAGAUGUGAAUCAGCCCUUUGUUUCUUUCUUAGCACUUGACAUGCAAGGUGGAAUAAGGUUACUUGCCUGUUACUUUAAGCUCACAUCUUAUACAGAUUCACACAUGCAUACAGAAUCAACUGAGGCAUGAAUGAGCAAUCACUGCUCAAGUAUCAGUCAGAAAGGUCAUAUCACCACACAUUUCCUUAAACACUGUGUUUUUCAUUAGAGACUGCUCACACAUUCAGCUGGGAGUUGUCAAGUGUUGAAAAAUCAAAUAAUCUUUAUUUGUGCACAAACUGCCCUUAGAUGUAAGAAGACUGGAAGCAUUGCAAUGAUACAUAUGUCACACAUUCUUGUAACACACACACACACAACCUCAAUAUGUGGAAGAAUAGGUAACUGAAAAGAUUGUGGCACAGAUUGUUGUUUGGCGUUCUGAUGUUAGUCCUGUUAAUCUCCUCUGCUCUCAGUAUGACUGGAUCUGGAUCCAGCCCAUAAUUUAACAUAGUAUUUAUUAUUUCUAAAGUGCCUAAAACAAAACAAAACAGGGUGCUAUGAAACAGAGUUAACCACAAGAAAAUGACGCCCCUCCGAUUACAAUCUAAGUGUGAGACAGCAGGUGUAACCUUUGGUCUGUCUAAGAGAUUUCUACUAGAGGAAAGCAAUGUAUACUGAGAAAUAGAGACAACGAAAUGCAAGCACUUAGAAGUUUUUUUUUAAGCAAUUUUAAAUUUUAAAAGAUAAGCCAAUGCAAAGAGAAAAGAAGAGGACACUGUUAUAUUUACAGACAAGAAAGGUGAGAAAUAUUCAGAGCAAAAAAUAGAUAUUUAUCAUUUUUUAAAAACAUUUAUAUAAAUUUUUAUUAAAGUUUUUCAAUACAAAUGCAUAUUUAAUAAAACAACAUUGAUUAUUUAACAUCUUUUCAUUACUACUUUGGACUCCCUCACGCCUCCCGCACCCACUUGCAUCAUUGUGAAGUUGUUUCCAAGCAAAUUAUCAUUUUGUUCAUAGUCUUAGAUUCAAUCAUUAAAAUACAGUCUCUUCCUUUCUCUUAAAAGAGAUAUAUACUUUCCUUAUUUCCCUUAUAAUUGAACUUAAAUCUAGUUUAGUGGUAGACAAUUAUUUCUACUCUGACAUCCCUGUUAACAUUCAGCCAAAUUACAGUACUUUUGUAAAUAAAUCUUGAAUUUCUUCCAGUCUUCUUCAACCCUCUCUUCUCCCAGGUCUCGGAUUCUGCCAGUCAUCUCAGCUAG